GACAUUUGUGAUUUUAUUAUUUUCUUUCAGAGUCUAUUUAAUUUGUGCUCCAUGAAAUUUUUCAAUUUUUGGGUAAAAAUCUUGUAUAGAAGAUUUGUUGGUGCUUAGUCAAUCGUGUAGUGUUUUCCACAAAAUAUUGUGACCCAUAUCUCAGGGGCUACGAGAAAGCAUGAGUUGGCUACGUUCAAGCCCGCUCCGUCAGAGCUUCUCAAAUUCAAGUAGUCGAUCCGGAAAUAUGAAACUGGAGAAUGCUACUGAGCUUGAUCCGGGAGCGUGCUACGACAGUUUCUGCAAGCACUGGCAACAAGCAAAUGAUGUUAUCUUGCGCUCCGAGAGCAGCAGCAUUCCCUCGCAUGAUGAUAUUCUGAGUGUAGUGAAUCAUCUCGAUCAGAUGGUUACCCUGUUGCUGGUUGAGCAACUACAUUGCAAUAAGGUGUCCCUCCCAAAUCCUCCACAAGCCCUGAGUGGUCAUCAACUACCACAGAGCCAGCCACCAGCACCUUGCCUUGAAUUCAUGCUCAGCAAGAAUAUCCUCAACAAACUGUUUGAAUGGGGCAAAUCAACGGGACGAUAUGCAAAUGCUGUCCUUCUGGAACAGCUCAAGUUUUAUGAGCUUCUCGUGAAUCAUUCGCGUCACCAGCUACUCGUUCAUGAACCCUUUCUGAGGCCUCUGCUGAAAAUUCUUGCCUCAAGCCACGGAGAAAUCUUCCCUCCUGAUGUUGCCAAGCGAUUUGUCAUUCUUCUACAUCAGCUCUGUGUAGUCCUCAUGCAGAAUGUCCAUCUCCUGGAUCUGUUUUUUGUGUCUGGUCACACACAGGAGCAUGGCCAAACAAAUUUUAUCAUCUUUUCCCUCCUCAUCCCGUACAUCCAUCGAGAAGGCCUUCUGGGUCACAAAGCACGCGAUGCCCUCCUUCUCUGCAUGGCACUCUCACAGAAAAACGAAAACGUCCGCACAUACAUCGAAGAGUUGUCAUCUGUCUGCCCUGUCCUCGUCACAGGACUCGGUGGUCUCUAUUCCCUCCUGCCCACGACAAUCGAUACAAAUUCAACGGGCGACUGGCAUCGCAUCACGCCAGACGAUGUCGCCGAGAUGAACGAACUCACGCUCUUCAUGAGUUCACUGGAGUUCUGCAAUGCUGUGGUUCAGGUGGCCCAUGAGCUUAUAAAACACCAACUAUUGGAUUUUAUGUACCAAGGUUUCGUAGUGCCCGUUCUUGGCUCGACGCUUCUACAGAUUUUCAAUGGCAGUCCUUUGCAGACAAAUAUCGAAGCUCAAAUUUCCACAAUGGCGUAUUUCGAUUUAAUCCUUCGCACCGUCACCGAUCCCGGUCUUUUAAGUAUAUUCAUUAAAUUCCUUCUGGAUGAGGAAAAAUUCGAUGGACAACGAAUAAUUGAUAUCCUCGUGGAGAGAAUUAAUUCAACAGAUACAAGGCUGUGUUUGAUAUCUCUGUCAGUAUUCGAUACGCUGAUUUCGCUAAACAACGAGGAGAUUAUCGUUGAGCUGGUGUUGAAGUAUUUGACUCCUUGUCAACAUAUUCCAGCAUCGUAUCGGCAUAAAGUAAAUAAAAUCAGCGCUCUAGCAGACUCAGCGGAAAAUUUUCUCGAUCUAGCGCCGGAGAUUAUGAAGCAAUCGAAUAGAUUGAUGAAGAAUCAAUCAACACAAAAUGCCACAGAGUCACCAAAUAAAUCAAUGAGCAGCAAUUGGCAGUGGAAUCACUACAAUCUACACAUUGAUGACACCCUCUAUUCGAAUUACUACGCAUACCUCUUCGAUGUGCGCCACAAAAUAUCAAUGUGCAAGAAUGCAUGUGAUCAGUGGGAGAAUUCCUACAAAUACCAAAAUAUUUCAUCACCCAAGAGGGCACACAAUACGGAUCAUCUCAUUGACAUUAUCCGGAAGUACGUGACGGAUUUUAGGAUUGAAAAUUGCACCGAUGAGAAGGUAAAGCAUGAUAGCCUUCAAUCGCUGGCGGAAAGUAGUGGGUAUGAAAGCUUUCGGGAGAGACCAGAGGAUGAUUUGGUGAUUGUGGCAAAUGGUGAUAGUCACACUGAGAUUAGCAAUACGAGAAAAUUCUGGAAGGAGUCCAGUAAUUUUAGUGAACCUGAAGUUGAAUUGAAUUUCUCCGAGGACCUCUUUACUCAAGGAACCGCCCAUUUAGGUUCAUUUUUAGGUGCAAUAUUUGGCAAGUUGCAAACCUUCACGAGCAACAAUCUGUACAUAAAUCUUCAUUUGACUGGGUUAAUAAGUCGCCUGUCGUGGUAUCCUUUUCCGCUUAUUCAAUCCAUUUUUCUGCGCUUUGACAUCCCCACAACAACGGAUAUCCCCUCAUUUUACCAAGUCCUCCAAAUUCUAAAGCAACAAUUGGACGCAGAACUUCCAGUGGACAAUGAAACGCUGGAAAUUAUGGAGAAUGCAAAAGCAUUCCUGCUGGAGCGUGAAUAUCGUCUAGUCAAUCAGAGGAAGAAUACAAUUGAUUCGAAUGCACCAUCGCCGGAAGGCAGCACAACAACAACCGUCAGCCCCAUGAGUUCCCUCUAUGAUCCACUGAAGCGUCAAGAUUCAACACGAAGGAGCAUACGGCAGAGCUUUUCAAGUAUAUUCCGACGUCCUAGUGCUUCCGCCGUCGCAGGCAUAAUUCAACUAAAAUCAUUCUUCCUCGGGAGCUCAUCGGGAAAUAACAUUAUGAUGAAGGAAACUUCAGAGCCACAAUCACUUGAGUCGUGGUCAUCGGCAGGCUCAACUACAACGACAUCAUCAAAGAGCAAUGGUCGUACCAAAGACCUCGCAAUUUGUGCAGUGAUUCUUGAUGAAUGGCUCAAAGAGUUGUCAGCCAUAUCUCAGGAACAAUCAAUUCUGAUGAUUCCGUGAUCAUCAAUAAGGUUUCUUCUGUUUUUACCUGUUCAAAGUUUGCCGUUUUUUUUACCCAAAUUUCUGUGCUCAAACAGUUUUCUGCGAAAAAAGACAAAGUCUUUUGGAAUAACAUCUCUUUUUUAAAGGCAUGAUAACCAUUUUGUUUUAUUGAACGAACUUAUUCUUGUCUCUGUACAAAUAAAAAAUAAAUAAAUCUGUGAGGAGAUGUUGUGAAAAAAAGGAAAUUUAUAUAAAAAAAAAUAA